GGAAUCUAUUCUAUAUAUUGUGACGUGUCAGGAUUACUCGAAUGGUGUUGUUCUAUUUUGCCUAAUUCCGUCGUGCCACAGUUCCAGUGGAUGGACAGAACAAAAGACUAAACAGGGGAUUAGUCGAGACUUUGUUGUGGAUUCCACGCGCCAUUAAAGUUGUGUUUGCUGUUUCAGAGGAACAGAAAAUGAACACAAUAACUCAAAGCUGUGUUCUAUUAUUAUGGAUGCAUACGCUGAGCUUCAUUACAUGUCAAGAAUGUACUCUUGAAGAUUUUAUCAAAGGUCCCAUGUAUGACUCUAAUUUCGAUACAACAAGUCUGGAAGCCACUUACCAAAGUAAGGAUCAGGUGAGAGUCGCCUGUGCUGUUGGCUACAGUGGAUUCUUCAAACUCAUCUGCAAUAACGGACAAUGGCAGUCUCGUGGUACUAAUUGCGAGCCACGGCCAUGCGGUCACCCCGGUGAGGCCCAGUUUGCGGAUUUUCAUCUGGAGCUAGGCAAUGAUUUCGUCUUUGGCUCACAAGUCAAGUACACCUGCCACAAAGGUUACCAAAUGGUCAGCCGCACCAACUACCGACGUUGCAUGUUGGAAGGAUGGAGUGGUACAAUUCCAGUCUGUGAAGUGAUCCACUGCCCACCGAUCAAUGUGGAAGACAGCGUUGAGGUGAUUGGGGACGCGGAAGAAGCCAACUUUGGCAAUGUGCUUCAAUUUAGCUGCAAGAAAAGCAAUGAAAUCUUGAUCGGGUCUUCAGAGAUGUCCUGCGAUGAGAAUGGCGAAUGGAGCAGCACUCCUCCAAAAUGUGAAGAGAUCAAAUGCCCAGUACCGGUGAUUGAAAAUGGCUUUGUGCCUGGAAAUACCAACGAGUACAAAGAGCACGAUGUACUGUUUUAUCAGUGUAAUCCAAAACAUAAACAGGCUGAAGGGAGACCUUCAAAAUGCAUAAAGGUCGGGUUGAGAGCCGAGUGGAGUCCCGCACCCUCAUGUGAAGUUGUAAAAUGCAAAGUGACACUGCCAAGCAUUGAAGGAACCAGCUAUGAAUCUGAUUCCAAAAAUGUAUUUAUACCCGGCGACAAAAUAAAAGUCACAUGCGGACAAAACUACUGGAUUUUGAACUCUCAGCAGACCUCAGCAGUAUCGACCUGCCAAGAAAACGGAAAAUGGACCAUCAGACCUGUAUGCCAGGAAGUUACGUGCGGAAACCGUCGAGACCCAACUGUAUGGUACUGGAACGUAUACUGGGGACAGAUAUUAAAGUUGAACACUUUGGUUGAAUAUCAAUGUAGGUCAGGAUACAAACACACAGCUGGCGCCACGAGACUAACGUGCACCAGAGAUGGAUGGACCCCAAAUCCACCCUGUCAAGAAAUAUUAUGUGACAGUAAGAAAAUCCAGAAUGCAAACAAUUUGGAUCGCGGCCAGCAUAUAUACAGAGACAAUGAUCGAGCCGAUUUUGUCUGCAAGAGUUCUCAAGAAAGGUUUAGUCUCUUUUGUGAAGCACGUGGUUGGAGGGGUCUAAUUCCUUGUGAAGAACAACAAUGCCAACCACCCAACCUCAGCAGUGCAGAUAUCGUGCACAAUGAGAAGCCCUAUUAUGACCAGGGUGAACUAGUCCAAUAUGCAUGUAAGAACGACGUUGACCGCCAGUUCACGGUUACCUGUGAACUAGGUGCGUGGACUGGGAUUCAGAACUGUUCAGCUUGCCUGGAACAGGAUGUGAUGCACGGCUUUGCUGUUGGCCGCCCAUCAAAAGAAAAACUCUACUAUACGUGCAAUGAAGGUUACAAACUUCCCACUAAAGGAUGGUGGGGUGAGGCAACUUGCAUUGAUGGACUGUGGUUUGGACUGGAGCAAUGUGUGGACAACAAUAAAUGUGCAGAAACACUGAUGAUUGCCAAUGCAAAAGUCCAGCCAAAUAAUGGAAAUGGCCAAGAUCAGAGGCUCCUGAUUAUUUGCAAGAGUGGAUACCAAACUCAGCAAGACCACCUUUUGUGCGUCAAAGGCAAAUGGGAUUUGAAAGGAAAAGCUCUUGACGAACUCUGCUCUCCUGUUGGUGUGACCUGCAGUCCACCAACUAUAGUGAAAAAUGCUGUUAUUUUGACAUCCUAUCGGAGGGAAUUCUUGUCGGGCUCUAAAGUAACGUUCAAGUGCCGCGAGAACUUCAUGAUAGAAGGAGAAGACACCAUCACGUGCAAAAAUGGCGAAUGGCACCCAACAACGGACAUAAAGUGUACACCGUACUGCUCCAAGCCCAAAUAUGCUGACCAGACGAUGACCUUAGAUGUGGAUAAAGAAAAAUACAUGAACGGUGAUAUAUUACAAUAUCGCUGUAUCAGCGGUGAAAAAACCGAGGGGGUUGCAACCUGUCUGAAUGGCAAAUGGAGUGAACCAGUUCAAUGUGAAGUAAAGCCGUGUCCACUUCCCGAAAACAUUCCAAAUGGCCGUUAUCAACUGAUCCACGGUGAAGACUUUGUUUUUGGGGCGACGAUCCAAUACUUUUGUAAUGAGGGCUAUCAAAUGGUGAGUAAGGCAGACACCAGGAUUUGCAUGCUGGACAAAUGGACCAACCAUGUGCCAAUAUGCGAACCUGUGCACUGUGUGGCCCCACCUAAACAUGAAGGGAUCGUGGUCAAAGGUUUAUCGGACAAUGACGAGGGAAUCCUUCCGAACCACUACCUCACAUUCAGCUGUGACAAUCCUGAAAAGCAACUGAAUGGCAGUUCAUUGUUAAUAUGUGGUAAAGAUGGACUUUGGGAUAAGCCCUUCCCCACUUGUGAAGAUAUUGCGUGUAAAGUUGGAGCGAUCCACCCUCAUCUCAGCGUAGACCAGCUGCCACCAGGGAGUCAGACAAUACGAAUCGGACAAAAAUUAAGGUUCCAAUGCAGCGAUGACUAUGCUCUGGAUGGAUCCGAAGAAACCGAAUGCCUACCAACUGGGGAAUGGAACGUUCCUUUCCCAAAAUGCUCUGAGCCUUGCCAGAUCACAGGUGUACCAAAUAACGUGCGGUUGAGCACCCAGCUACGUGGCAGACAAGCAAGAAAGGGGCAGAAGUUGACGUUUAGUUGCCUCCGAAAUGCAGACACACUUUUGGGGAAGAAGGUAGUUGAAUGCUUAUCAAACGGCCUAUGGAGCGACCCCUUUCCAACAUGCGGAGCUCCUUCGGGAUGUCAGCGUCCACCUCACCUUUCGGGCGGAGACACCAAGUUUUCCACUAAACACACGUACGAACACAAUGACAGGGUUGAAUACAUUUGCCAGAAUUUUUACAAAAUGGAGGGUGAACCUUAUAAAACCUGCAAAAAUGGCCAAUGGACUGGAGACAUGAAAUGCCUCAAGCCCUGCACUGUGGAUAGAGAACUCAUGAACAAGCACAACGUGAAGUUCCGAUACAAGCGGGACAAUAAACUGUACUCGGCCCAUGACGAUACCAUCGAGUUCUGGUGUGUACGAGGAACAACACACGAUGGAGUAUUGGAUAUGCGGCAGAAGUGUCUCGACGGAACGAUUGACCUGCCCACUUGCCACUAGCGUGUUUUGAAACAAUCAUUUAAAAAAAAAAAAAGUAACUAACCUUACAAAUAAGUGACCUUGUGUCACUUUUUUGUGAGCUCAUUUCGCAACUUCCACCAUUUGAGAUGAUUUUUGACCCUGAAAGAGAAGCCGUUACACUUCAAGGUCAACAUAUUAACCUGUUGAUUUAAUAAAACUACAUUAGUGGGAGCUUUUUAUGAUUAUUAGUCAACAUUAGUCGGACUGACAGACGAGGAACACAGGAUGUUUGUGUGUCAACACAUUUGUCAAAAAUAAAAAAAUAUAUUAAGACGUC